CUCCCCUCCCUCCUUGCCUUUCAUAUAUAUAUAUAUAUAUUCCUCCAUAUCACUCUACCAUUAAUUCUCAUCUUUCUCGGUCUCUAUCUCUAUCUCUAUCUCACAUUUAUUCCCUCUUCUUUUCUCUCUUAAUUCUUGGCUCACAACUCAGAAAUGAGUUUGGAGGACAAUGGUGGGAAGAACACCAUAUCAGUUGGGCCGUGGGGAGGCCAAGAUGGGUUUCGUUGGGACGACGGAGUUUGCUCCACGGUGAAGCAACUGGUGGUUGCUCAUGGGGCCGGUAUCGACUCCAUUCGGAUUGAGUAUGAGAAGAACGGGACCUCAGUCUGGUCGGAGAAGCACGGUGGCAGUGGAGGCCUUAAAACUGACAAGGUGAAGCUUGAGUACCCAGAUGAGUAUCUAACUUCAAUCCAUGGACACUAUGGUAGCUUAAAUGAAUGGGGUCCUGUCUUUGUUCGAUCUCUAACUUUCCAAAGUAACAAGAAAAUAUAUGGUCCAUUUGGUGUUGAGCAAGGAAUGUAUUUCUCCUUCCCAAUGACUGGAGGCAAGAUUGUUGGAUUCCAUGGCAAGCGUGGUUGGUACCUCGACGCGAUCGGAGCUUAUUUAGAGCCUCUCUACAACAAGCCCAGCCCUCCAAAAUCUCUGCUUCAAUCUCAAAACUCUGUUGCUAAUGGAACAGAUCCAAAAUUGGGCUACUCGAUAAUACAAGGAAGUAUCGGCCAAAAAUUCGAUAUGGUUCUGGCUUUAAGACAGAAGGAUGAUUAUAGUAAUCCUCUAUCUAACAAUAUGUCGAGGCAAAGUUCAAGUUCUAGUCAAGAGUUCAGUGACACAGACUCGAAGGCCAAGAGCGUUCAGGCAGCGUCUGGUGUUUCGAAUACUUUCGUGAGAGUCCCCUCGAACAAUGUCAAGGGUGUGAUGACAUAUGGAACUUGGGGAGGUGCCGGUGGGAGUGUGUUUGAUGAUGGAGUGUAUACCGGCAUCAGACAGAUCAUUUUAUCGCGUAAUGUGGGACUUGUUUCAAUAAGAGUUUUGUAUGAUCAAAAUGAUCAACCUAUGUGGGGCAACAAAAAUGGCGGGACUGGAGGAUUCAAGACUGAUAAGAUAUUUUUUGAUUAUCCUUAUGAAAUAUUGACACAUAUGACAGGGUUCUAUGGGCCAACAAUGCUCAUGGGGCCAACUAUUAUCAAGUCUUUAACUUUCCAUACCACGAAGACGAAAUAUGGGCCGUUUGGGGAAGAAACAGGACAGUCAUUUUCCACCAACUUGAAGGAAGGAAAGAUUGUUGGAUUCCAUGGGAGGAAAGGAUUGUUUGUGGAUGCCAUUGGCGUUCAUGUGGUGGAAGGGAAAGUGUUUCCACCGAUUCGCUCUCCUUCCAUUUCCUUUAACCAAUCUGAAGUGCACAUUCAUGAAGUUGAUCAUAAUGAUCAGCAGAGGCCUAAUAAGUUGGUGCAAGUAAAGAAAGCUCUAACAGAUGAGUUGUUGGGACAUAAGGUGGUAAAAGAACCAGCUCAAGGAGGGCCAGGUCCAUGGGGUGGGGAAGGAGGGAGACAAUGGGAUGAUGGAGUGUUUAUGGGGAUCAAACAAAUCCACUUGACAAGAAGCAAUGCCAUUUGCUCCAUACAAAUCGAGUAUGAUCGAAGUGGACAAUCCGUUUGGUCAGCCAAACAUGGAGGAGACAGCGGAGGGGCUGCAAUUCCGAUAAAACUGGAGUAUCCUAAUGAAGUAGUGACUUGCAUAAGUGGAUUUUAUGGUCCUAUAAGGGGAGAUGAGGGGACAAAAGUGAUCAAGUCACUAACAUUUCAUACAAGUAGGAGGAAGUUUGGACCUUAUGGUGAAGAAAUAGGUAUAUUUUUCACUUCAGUGACAACAGAGGGGAAGGUGGUUGGCUUCCAUGGAAGGAGUGGAAUGUACUUGGAUGCCAUAGGAGUUCACAUGCAACACUGGCUUGGAAAUCAAAGGCAAUUGAGGCCAUCGUCUCUCCGGAAAUUCUUCCAUUAAUCAGUCAGCUGUGAUUUAAUCCAAAAGUAAGAUUGACACUUUCAGUUGGUAUUUCUGUUAAUGAAACAUGUAUAUGACAUUAGCUAUUAGCUAAUAUAUAGCCUGGGCAUGUAUAUUUCAGAUUUAAGUUUAUAAUAUUGGUGUCCAUAACA